AUGCCGACAGACAACGAGCUACAAGCCCUCGUCGACAGCCUCGCGCGCGUCGAGUCAAGCCUGGGGAACAAGCUCGACAGGCUACAGUCGAGCGUGAACCGCGCGCAGCUCACGAUCAACAGGCAAGCCGACGCCAUCGCGGCGAUGCACGCGGCCGUAGAGUCGUUACAGGCCGCCGCGGCCCCCGCCGCACCGGUACCGGUACCGGUACCUGGUCGCACGCUUGCCCUCUCACCGGCUGUGGCCGCCUACACCGCGCCGUUUAGCUUCGCGACGCCGACUACUGGGACAAGCUUGCCCCCUCCUUCUUCAACUCCGGGGGGCUUUUCGUUCGGCCGCCCCGCGGAGCCUGCUGAGGGCUCGGCGUUCGGCACUGCCACCACCACUGGGCCUGCGAGUGGGGCCGCCGCCGCUUUUGCUUUCGGUCGCCCAUCUGGGUGGGAGCCCACCGGAGCGGGUGGAACACUGCCGUACGACUUCGGUCGGGCCAACGUCACGACUGCGCCGGCGGGUGGCUUUGCUUUCCGUAUAGGCGACACCGCGUCCCCCGCCUCUGCGUUUGGUCGCGGAGGCACCACCCCAGCCCCACCUUCUAGCCCCCUGUAA